CGGAAGUACUUUAGCCUCUUCCUUCCAUUUACUAGCAUACAAGUACCCCUUUAGCUAGCACAGAUUUCUAAUUUUCGAGAUUUCUGUUGAUUGCACUAAUUGAAAUACAGCAGAAAUGUUUAUAUUAGUAAUAUCUCCACAAAGACUCUUAGCGAAAUCCUGGAGGGUAUAAAAUAAAGAGCUAUAAGCUUUAUUUAGUUAUUCAUUUAACUUGUUUGCUACCGUUAGCUGAGCUAACCGCAGCUAGCUUCAAUGGCAGCUCCCAAUAUUAUUGCCUCGACUCCUGCAUUAAGUCAAAAGCAGCGUAGAUUGGCUCAGAGGAAGGAGAGAAGAAGACGGAAACGACAAGCUGUUGCUCAAGCCAGAAAAUGUGAAUUGGAAACUAAUAUUGGAGAAGAAGAGGAAGAGAAUGAUGAAGACGAGGCUGUUGACGAGGAAAGUCAGCGGCUACAUGAAGAGUGGUUGGGAAGAGAGAGACUGGCUCAGGAAGAAUUCAGGCAGAGGAGAGAGCGGGAGGAAGCUGCGAAGAAGAAGAAAGAGGAGGAGGAGCAAAUGAUAAAGGAGGAAUGGGAAGCCCAGCAGAGGAGAGAAGAGGAGGAAAAGGAGCAGAGGCUGCAGGAAAAGCGAGACAGAGAGGAGGCCGUCCAGAUGAGGUUGGAUGAAGCUGAGAAUCAGCUGGAUAAUGGAGGACCGUGGAUGAAUCCCGAGGCUCCUGUAGCACCGAGCUCAGGAACAGAGCGCAACAUAGCCAACUGUCCUUUCUUCAUUAAGACCGGAGCGUGCCGAUUUGGAGACAGAUGUUCCCGGAAACACGACUAUCCGACCUCCAGCCCGACUCUGCUGAUCCGAGGGAUGUUUAAGACUUUCGGAAUGGAUGAAUCCCGGCGGGAUGAUUAUGACAUGGAUGCUUGUUUGGAGCACAGCGAGGAGGAGCUGCUGGAGUUGUUCACUGAAUUUUAUCACGACGUUCUGCCUGAGUUCAAGAAUAUCGGCAAAGUUGUGCAAUUCAAGGUCUGCUGCAAUCAUGAACCACAUCUGAGAGGGAAUGUUUACGUACAGUUUGACACUGAGGAGCUGUGCAGCGAGGCCUUCAUGAAGUUCAAUGGGAGGUGGUAUGCAGGUCGCCAGCUUCAGUGCGAGAUGUGUCCUGUUACACGCUGGAAGAGUGCCAUAUGUGGGCUCUUUGACAGGCAGAAGUGCCCUAAAGGCAAAAACUGCAACUUUUUGCAUGUAUUUCGAAACCCGGGCAAUGAAUUCUGGGAAGCUGAUAGAGACCUUCAGAUCUCCCCUGACCGAAGUGCCAGGGGAAGCCGCAGAGACGAGUGGCAUUCAGAGCGCUACGGAGAGCGAUCGUGGAGGCAGCGUCGCAGCCCAGUGAGAUCAGAGAGAUCUCACAGGAGGUGGGAGGACGACAGAGAGAGGAGGACCUCUCACCAGCGUGGAGAAGGCACGUCUAAAUCCCGACAAAGCGACAGGAGGACAGACAGACAUCGGAGCAGGAGUAGAGAAAGGGAGAAUAAAUACAGAGAUACAGGUUCUAGAAGAGACACGAGAGAGAGAUCAAGAAGCACAAGUAGAGAAAAGAAAAGACGGAAACAAAGCAGAGAAAGAAGUCCUAAGGUAGAAGCCAAAAGUCUCUCUGAUGGUACAAAAACCAACAGUCACAAACGCUCUAAAAAAAGCAAGAAGAGCAAAAAGAAACACAAAAAGAAAAGGCACCACUCUGACAAAACCCACUCCUCCACAGAGUCAGAAACCGAGAAAGAGUCAGAGGAUAAGACUUGGGAUAAUUCUUCAAUAGCCAGUCCCAGUGGAAACCUAAAAGAAGAGGAAACUGCUGAAGGGAAUCAUUUAAGCUCAGAGGAAACUGAGGCCACUCCUGAAAUCCAGAGUGAGCUGACGGCAAACGGGGACAUUUGAUCCUAAUUCGUUAUUUUCUUCUGUUUGCUUCAGAAUAUUGAGCAUAAUACACUCUGAAUGUUUAGAUUAAUUACAAAUGUUUACGUCUAUUUUAUAUCAAAGUACUUCAGGUGCAGCCUUUCAACAUUUAAACACAACUUGUACACAUUUCAAAAUAAAUACUGUUUACGGAUUCAAUACCAUUUAAGGUUCUUCAGUUGGAAACCAAAGGUUGUUUUUGAAUACAUUUAUUGUUUAAGAAAAACCAUUGGCAGUGUUGAAUAUUGAACAAGUUAUUCAGCACAAAUCAGAGAUGGUUUUGUUCAAUAAUGGUCUUGAUUGCAGAAAAAAAAAACUGUAUUGUCCAAGAUCAUCCAUCUUGUUCAUCUGCUUUUAAACUGAGUUAUCAGGCUUAUAGAUACCUCUCAUGCAUCUGAUUCUUUCACUUAUCUAAAAAGCUCAGAAAAUAAAAUAGUCUAUGGAAUUCCCUUUUUCUGUUAUUCUGGCCUUUAGACACCAUUAACAAGAUUAAACACAGUGUUCUUUGGUCAUAAGUUAGUCUGUCUAACAAUGAACCAAACCUUUCAUCAGUGGUUAUAUAACAGUGUUUCUAAGUCACUAUUUUUGUCCUGAAGACUAGAGAAAGGAACAAAUAGAGACUUAUCACAAAAAAUGUAACAUUUCACUUGAAGACUUUCAGAGGAGAGCUAAUUGCUACUCAUGACGAUGUAGACAACAGAAGGAGGCUUGGCAAGAUGCAGCAAACUCAUAAACCACCAGGUUCAACAAAUGUAAACUGUUUUGUUCUGCAAGAGUAAUCAACACAAAAAGCAAUACUGGCGCUCUAAUCUAGCAAUGUAUAAAACAUCCUGUAACAAUAAGAUCCUGUGAAUUUUAACCUAAGUUCUCAUGGUACAGAAAUGCAUCACUGUGCGCAUUAUAACCCUAAAAAAAAGUUGGCACAAAAUAGAAAAUAUUGAAAGCAAUCACCACUUCCUCACUGACAAAACAUUUAAAUCCAGU